UUCCUACAAGAACGCUUACAUAACAAUCAAUGAAGCUUCAGCCACCGAUGCAACAGGCCAAUUUCUCUGUGGUGACGGAGUCUAUGAAAGUUGUGGAAGAGUUGUCACUGCCGUCAUUACCAAGUCGCAGGACGUCCGUAUAUCCUACAUAUUAAGACGUGCACUUAACCAGUGCAAUACCACGUUCCAGGCAUCGAAAGCGACAUCCAUUCUCAGGUCGGCUGACAUCUUCAGGCAGUAUGGUUCCAGCUUGUUCAAAGGAACUUGCCGAUGGACCAUCAAUAGCAGACCCGGGUACAAUGUCCGUGUUCGGCUGUUGGAAUCCAGUCUCCCUUCACCUUGCUCUGGAAACAAGAUUAGCGUUGAUGUUGAUGAUCAGGUCACGUUGUCAUGGUGUGGUAAUGACAGUUCUUCGUACACAUCCUAUCACUCUGAGCUGGUCAUCCGGUUCAACAUGUCAAGCAUCGCUGAUGGCCAUGGCUUUACCAUUAACUAUACCGAAGUACAGGAUUCGAGCCCUGGAAUCAUCAGCAACUGUAGAUCUUCUUUUCCUGCUGCUCAGCAGCCCAGAACACUCACCGUGAACUUAAACAUCAACUCUGACCAGGUUUCACGGGGAUAUGAACAAGACAAAAGACAGUGUUACGUGAAACUCACGACAUAUGUGUCCCGUGUGUUGGUAACAGUUCUGCAAUCGUCGCUGCCUUCGCCCUGCUCUAACGACACAGUUCAAGUUGUCGAAGGGCCUUACCUGCGAACAUCCUUGUGCGACGACUCAACACCCACAGUUCAGUCAAUGGGGACCUUUUUGACGAUCAAGUACAACGCCAGUAGUGUAACCAGUGGUUUUGUCACUAUACAAUACAGGGCACUUUCAAAGUCAUGGAACCAAACCCGACCUUGUGGAUUAUCUUACAAUUAUCCAAUCAAGAGUUUCUGGUCUUGGUGGUUGUGUCGCAGUUACCUUUCUUCCGAGAGCAGGAUGCAAACCAUGACAGUAACAAACAAUGACUUCUUCACUGUAUAUCCAUAUUUUCCAAGAAUGACACGGGAAUGGAGGAUCGGGACAAGCAUUAAUAGAUAUGUGUAUGCUGAAAUUGAGACCUAUCAGGGUUUGAGAUGUUCGCAUGGAGUCAUCCAAGUAUAUGAUUGUUCAGAUUCCUGGGACUUCAGAUACUUAGGUUCUUGGUGUGAUGGAAGGGCCAAUUAUACGUUCGGUUCAAGGUCAUGUCUGACUGUGUUCUUCAACGCUACAAACCUCUAUGAAGGGAGCAACACAAUCUUCUCUUUAAAGUACAAGAGUAUACAACAAUUGCCUUCUGGAACAGCAACUAGACCUUCAACAACCUCGGGGCCGUGGAGGACAAGCGGACCAGGUUCAGAGACAACAUUCAGCUCCAACCAAACCGCCGUCAAACUAGGUCCGGUGUUUGGCGUUGUUCUGUUGGUUUUGGCCGUGGCAGGUGCUUUAAUUGCGUAGAGAAUGUAUAACAGAAAGAAAAUGUCACCUUACCAGGACCAUAUCACUGUCACAGCGAAGCGGGUAGUUCUGUAUUUUACGGUAACGCCACCAUCUUUUGCCAAUGCUGUUUACGAAGAAGUGAAGUCACCGGAGAUUGUCAAAGAAGCAGCUAAAGCACCGUAAUCAAUACUUGUAUCUCUAUCAGAAACUUGGUGUCGGGUUUCCCAAGGGUUACGUCGAAGACAAAUCGGCAACCUAUGAUAACUAUCUUCGCGGGGGAAAAGUGCAUCCUGAGAUCUAAAUGACUGACAAUGUAAUAUUCUGGUUUGGGGUUUGUUUUUUUCAAUAUUUCCAUAUUUGUCUUUGAAAGAAGGAACCAAACAUUGAUUUUACUCAAAACACAUAAUUUUCCAGAACAUUCAGCAUGACCAAUAAACGACUCUGAUUAAAACCUGAUCAAUUAUUUCCAUGAUUUUCGUAAACAGUUUAUAUUUUUAACCAAAGUCUCCGUGAUCCCUAUUCCUCCCCAAGAAUAUCCGCUAUAAGUUGACCGAAGAUGAAACAGAUCGGGACUUUAAAUAUGUGUUUGUGUGUGCGCUUGAACUUAAAAAUAACUGUUGCGACAAUUGUGUUUAUUUUGCGAAUGUAUCACAAGACAUUGUAUUAUUAAAUCAUGAAAUCUGU